AUGCAAGAAUACUCUAUCAUCAGCCGGCUCACCUUUUCCGCGGCGGUCCUCACCUCGGGCCUUCUCACCGCGCGCGCCCUAAUCCCACCCAACCGCAUAUCAGCAGGUCGUGCCUGGGGCAAGGACUAUCUAAAGGCCUCGAACGCCACGUCUUCUGUUCUGCGCAACGUCGUUCUCGUCUCUGGCCUGGCGGUGUACUAUGCCGCGCUCGCCGUGAGCCCGCCGGCGGUGGUCGCCGCCCUCUGUCCCGCCGAGGGGACCGGACAGCGCAACCCGUCGCUGUUCGCUUGGAAUGCCGUCACGGGGCUCUCGCUCUUGUUCAUUCUCGCCGGCGCACUGCUGCGCAGGAUGGCGUACAGCCACCUCGGCCGGAAUUUCACUUUUGGGCUGGCCAAGCCGCAUGGGCUGGUCACGAGCGGCAUCUACAAGUACAUGCAGCACCCGAGCUACACAGGACUCGCGCUGAUAGGGGCGGCUUAUUAUCUUGUUUUCUUCAGGUUUGACGGUGCUGUGGCUUGUUUUGUGUCGUCGCGAUACUGGCCGCUCGUGCAGGGCUGGAGCGCGGUGGUGUAUGCCGUCACUGGGCUGUGGCUGACAAUACUGCUGGGUGUGAGGGUGGUGCAGGAAGAGACGAUGCUCAAGGAGUUGUUUGGCAAAGAGUGGGAGGAGUGGCAUGCAAAGACAAAGAGGUUCAUUCCUGGUAUUAUUUGA